AUGAGACUAAUUAAAAAAAAAGAAUACUUCACAUUCUUAGAUUAAAUUGUUUGUGUUAUGCUUCACAUCAAUGAUUCAUUCAAAUGUUAUCAACCUUUAAAGAUAUUUAUCUUCAUAGUAAGUAUGUCCUAACCAUUAUUUUAUAUCUAUUAUUACGAUUAUUACUCAUUUUACAUAACUAUACAAAAUACAAGUAUUCAAUAGAUGAUUUUUUACUUUUUUAGACCCGAAAUACUUUUAUUCAAGUUUCUACCAUAACUUGCUAUAAUCAUUUUACCAUACAUUAUAUUACUCAUAUUUAUUUUAACUAAAUUAACAAUCUUUUUUAACUUAGAAAAUGAAAAUUAAAGAUAUUUAAAUAAAUCACAUAAUCAUUCCAUUAUCAAAAACCUUCUUACUAAAUUCACCUCUUAUUAUCAACAAUUAUUAUCUAUUGUCUUACAUUAUCCUAUUUAAACUAUAUUAAUAGGUGCUAUCAUUAAUACCUUCAAAUUAUUUUAAAAUUAAAAUUCAGCUUAUUUUGCUUUACUACUAUUUGCAAUUAUUAUUUUUUUUAUUAUUGAAAUUGAGAUUCUAUUUAAUAUAUACAUCUGUCUACCUUCUAAUACUCUUUAAAUCAAAGGCUUUGAAAAAUCAUAGCUUACUUCAUUAGAUGUAACUAUUUAUGCUAUAGAAUUAUUACAAAUUAUUAUUUUUGGAACUAUAACCAAUCCAAAUAUUUCUUAAUUUGCUUAAAUUACAUUAAACCUUUUAAUUUCCAUAUUGAAAAUUAUUAAUCAAUUACUCUAUUAAGGAUAUAUUUUUAAAUCUUAAAGAUUUAUCUUAUACUUUAUUAAUACUAUCAUUAUUUUGUACUCCUUUUAUCAUUUCAUUGAUCUUAAAAAUAAUUCUAUCAUUAUUUGGCCACUUCUAACAAGUAUAAUUAUUUAUGCUGAUUAUCAAUUUUAAAUUAAUUCAAUCUAUUCGAUAUUUAUUAAUAAUAAAUAAUCUAUCGCUUUGUAUGUACAUCAAUUAAUUAAAUUUUCUAAUAAUUCCUAUCAAUAUGAAAUUUAACCCUUUUAAAAUAGUCUUAUCUGGGCCUAACAUAAAGCUAAAUGUUCUAAUAUUACAUGUUCUUGUAAAGAAUCCCCUUUAAAUGUUUUGGAUGUUAAAUAAGCUAACACUAUUACUGAAUCUAUAUUUAAAUAAUUUAUUUAUGCCAAAAUUAAACAUAUAUCAAAAUUAUUACAUGAAAAUAGAAAUAUUCAUAAUUUAGAUAUGCCAUACUAUGAAAUUGCCUAAGCAACCUUAUUUAUGACAUAAGGAUUUGUAUUAAUAUCUAUUAAGAAUUAUACUAGAUUUCUUAACAAUUCAUCUAAUGAUUAUAGAGUCAGAGUUAUAUCAAGUGAAAAGUCUCUCACUAAUAGACCUUAAAAAAAAAUUAAAUAAAGUUAAGUUGAUUCUUAAAUUUAAGAAAUCAUUAUUCAAUAAAAUAAAAAAGUCUUGAAAUAUGAUAAUACCAAUCGAAAUUUUCAAGUCUCAACUCUCAAACUUAUUAAAAUAUAAUAUUUAUUAAAAAGAGCACAAGCUAAUUUAAAUGAAAAUUUUACUAAUUCUAUUUGUACUGCUUAAUAAUUGUAAAUGUCAGAUUAUAUCAAUUAAUAUCUUAUUAACGAAUUUCAAAUUAACCAUCUUACAUCAAUGAUGUUUAAUAUACUUAAAUUAAAAAUUGAAUUUUAUUCCUAUCUCUUACAAUGUGAAGCUAUGCAUGCUGAUAAAAUUUUUAUUUACAAAAUGAAAUAUUUUACUUAAGUUUUAGAUCUAGAAGAUAAACUACUUUAAAAAUAUGGAUCUUUUUAAAGUAUUAAAUUAAAAUAAAUGAUAAUAUUCUUUUAUUCUAGAAUAUAUAAUAGUUAUUAAAAAGCUUUAAAAUUUAAGUAGAUUAAUAGCAUAUAACAAUCUAAAUAUAUAUUUAGAGAUUAAGUUAUUGAUUUCUAUUCUGAUAAGAUUGUGUAUGUUUUAUUUUAAUUACAAGAUGAUUUAUAAAAUUUAAGAAUUAAAUCUCAUUCAAAUAAUUUCUUGAAAAUUAUAGGCAGAUAAACUAACGACUAUAAUAUGUAAUUUAGUGACAUUUUACCUGAUUUCAUAAGAGAGGAACAUCCAGCUAUGAUUUAAAGAUUUGUUUAAACUGGUAAAGCAAGAUAUUAUAGAAAUCUAAGUCUAACAUUUGUAAAACUAUAAAAUGGAUUAUCAAGGCAAAUGGAAUAAACAUUUGAUACAAUUACAUUAUUAGAUGAUAAUAGAGUUGUAUUUGCAUCUAUUCUUUAAGAUGUAAUUGAAUAAAAAGCUUAUCUAUUAGUAAAUGUUAAUGGAUUAUUAUCAGGGAUAACAUAUAUGUGUUUAAAAAAAUUGGGAUUCUAAGAAGAAGAUAUUUUAAAUAUAGAUGAUUUUUAUUAGUUUUAUGAUGCUGAAAUCAAUUAAAUAAUACCAGUCUUUAACAAUUUAAUAUGGGGAGAAAUAUAGGAACAAAAGCUUGAUAAUGUUAAGUUUUUAUUUCUUGACAUUUUAUAAUUUCAAAGAGAAAAUUUCAGUAAAUCUUCAAUAGAAAACCAUUCUCAAAUAGGAAGAGUUUGGUAAGAUAGUAGAUAUACAAAAGAAUAUGCUGCUAAUCUAUUUAUUAUGAGAAGAGAAAUAUUUGGAUUUUAUUAUUAUAUAAUAGAAUUAGAAUCUGCUCAUAUAAUUGAAUGUUCACAUUAAAAUAAUGCAGCAUUUUCUAGUACUUAAUUCAAACAUACAUAACAUAAUGUAGAAUCAGCAAUUUUUGAUAUAGAUUCUAUAAUAUUAUCAAUUGAUGAAGGAGCUGCUAAACAUGUUAAUACUUUGAAUAUUUAAGAAAGAGAAAAUUAUUCAAUAGCAAUAAAAGAACUAACUAAAUAAUAAGAUUUUGACAAAAUUUAUUAAGUUAUGUUAAGUCCUAAUAAUAGUGUAUCAAAUUUAAUUGAUAAAAGUUAAAAUCUGAUAAAUAUUGUUCAAAAACAUAACAACUCCUUUUAAUAAGAAUAUUACUGUUAAUAACCUGGAUUUUAUAUUGCUGAAGCUUCAAGUAAAGAGAAACAUCCUUAAAUUAAAUAACCAGAAAAUUAAGAUGAUAUGUAAAAAUAAGCUGAAUCUAGUUAAGGUUCAAUAAAAAGACCUACUUAUAUGAAAAAAUUUGAAAUUAUAGAUUAAUUUUACGGUAAUUUCAAUUUUUCUCAGUAAUAAAUUAUGGUAUUUUUCAUAAUCUUUACUUUAAUUGUGUUUGCUGUUUUUUCUUUAAUAAUUCUAUCUCUAUUAAGCGGAGAUCUAAGAACUAAAAUUUAGGAAAUAGAGAUGUUAUCUUUUUAAGCUGAUAUUGUGGCUCCUUAUGAUCGAUAUCUUGCAAUUAGAGCACAAAUAUAUUAUUAUUAAGGUUUACAUACAGCUAAAAAAAUUAGUAAAUAGUAAUAAAGUGAUUUUGUUGAACCACUUUAUUCAAUAAUAGGAGUAUGUUAUAAUGAAUUAAAGUAAAAUUCUUAUGUUUCAUUAUUAGAAAGUGAUUUAAAAGAAUUCUUUAAAGAUAUUUAUACUAAUACAUUUUUUAUGGGUAUGACUGAUAAAAUCAUUUACUCUAAAAAUAUUACUUUUAGAGAGUUUAUUCAUUAAUUAUUAAAUUAUUAGUAUGACUUUAAAAUUAUUUUUGAUAAACGAAUCCCAACUAAAGGUUGUCCUUGUCAAGUCUUUCAAUUUUCUAAUUAUUUUAAUCUAUAAGAUAAUUUAGAACUUAUGUCAUAAGAAAUUUUAUAAUUUUCUAGAAAUAAAUGUACACAAAUAAUUGAUAAAUGGAUUACAAUUUGGAUAGCUUUCAUUGUAAUUUGUUUUGUACUUUCAAUAUUUAUUUAUUAUUUAAAAACUGUUAUUUUAUUUUAGUAUGAUACAAUAAUGGAAAUAAUAACACAUAUUUCAGAAUAAAGUAUUAUAAAAGAAACAGAAAAACAUAAAAUAUUGUUGAAUAACUUAUAAUCUUAAUCUGAUUAUAUUAAUUGUUAUUAAUUAGAAUUAUAAACUGAAGUGUAAUCAACAAUUUAGAAUAAAGCUGAAAAUGAUUUGGUUCGAAAGAAUAAAAGAAAAAUAUUGAUAAGGGCAUCAAAGUUAAAGUCAAUUCUAUUUUCUUUAAUAAUCUUUAUAUUUUUUUUAAUUUAUUCCUGUUUAGUUACAUUUUCAACUCAAAGUUUUUUAAAUAAAUAUUAAUAAACAGCGGAUUUUUAUAAAUUGAUAGCAGAUUUAUCAUUUAGAAGUGGUAAUAUGUUUUUAUAUCGAGAAAUGUUUAUGUUAUGGGGAAAUUUAACAUAUUUAAAUAAGACAGAUGGUUUAAGAUUAUAUAAUUUAAUUGAUAUAGCUUAAUCUAAAAUAAUGGAAUAUGUUGAUUAAGCUCCAAGAAUAAAUUUAGAAACACUUUUAGUACCUGAAGAUUUUUAUGAAUUCUUUCUUACAGUUUAAAAUACUGAUGUAUGUAAUUUUUUAGAUGAAAAUUAUAUUGAAGUGCUUUCUCCAUAUUGUUUGAAAUCCUUUGAUAGUUCUUUAAUGAAAGGAAUGUUACCUGCAUUAACAUAUAUUCAUUAAACAAUAAUUAAUUAAUAAGCUAUAAAUAAUUUUACUUAUAGAGCAGAAGAUACUUUUUAUGAAGUAGAAGGAGGUUAAGUAGCAAGUAGAGUAUUUUCAUAUAUGAAUAAAAAAUUAUAGAAAGGAAUAAUAGAAAAAACAGAAAGCUUUAAUUAUUAAAAUUAGGUAUAUAUAUAAUAAUUUAUAAUAAGUUAUUGUCUAUCUUUUUUUUAGUUGGUUUAGGUUUGAUAUGCAUUUAUAUCAUUAAUUUCCAUUAUGCAAAUCUUAAAUAGCAUAUUUAAUUGAUUAAAUUUGGUGUAUUAAUGAUUCCAUAGAGUGAUAUUUUAAAGAACGAUUUCUUUGAAAGAUACUUAAAAUAAAUUGAAUUAAAAUUAGGUCAAAAAUUGUGA